CAGUUGUUCCGGGGAGAAGAAGAAGAAAGAUGGCCACAGCUAAUGUUAGCUAGCAGGUGGGGCUCGAAAAAUGUCGCGUUCUCGAUCUUUAUGUCGUGUUUUUCCUCUUCGUUCACACGCAGCCGUCUUUAAAACCUACUCAGCCGACAGUGUAGCGCCUCGGGCAGGAAGUAAUCCCCACAGUGUGUAACUGGAGCGAGUAAUUAAGUAGUUUUUUUUGUGCGGCUGUGUUGUGUGUUUGUGCCGGGGAGGGGGUCGUGUCAGCUCCGGUCAGCUGUCCGUCAGUUUAACCGUCAGUCGGUGACGACGGUGGUGUUCAGCCAUCAUGGCGGCUCCAGUGAACAUUACUCCCAGUAAAACCUGGGAGCUGAGUCUGUACGAGCUGCACAGGAGCCCUCAGGAGGCGAUCAUGGAUGGGACGGAGGUGGCCGUGUCUCCUCGCUCUCUGCACAGCGAGCUGAUGUGUCCCAUCUGUCUGGACAUGCUGAAGAACACCAUGACGACCAAAGAGUGUCUGCAUCGCUUCUGCUCCGACUGCAUCGUCACCGCGCUGCGAUCCGGGAACAAAGAGUGUCCGACCUGCAGGAAGAAGCUCGUCUCGAGGCGUUCGCUGCGCCGAGACUCAAACUUCGACGCUCUGAUCUCAAAGAUCUACCCGAGCCGGGACGAGUACGAGGCCCACCAGCGCCGCGUGCUGGAGCGACUCAACCGGCUGCACAACAAGGAGGCGCUGAGCUCCAGCAUCGAGGAGGGGCUCCGGCAGCAGGCCCGCUAUAGGAACCACCGGGUGAAGAAGCCGACUCAGGAGAGCGACAACACCACCUUCAGCGGUGGGGAGGACAACGGCGACGCUCGCUCACACCUGUCUCAUGACUCCGCCCCCUCACACACCCCUCACCCCUCGGGUCAGACCCCCUCAGAGGCCGGGCCGAGCCGCAAGAGGCCGAGGGCGUCGGACGACGGCUCGGGGGGCGAGGCAGACAGCGGCAGCCACACCCCUCCACUGAGACGCCACAAAGAGGGGCCGGGCUCUGAGAUCGAGCUGGUGUUCAGACCACACCCACAGCUGGUCCACGGCCAGGACUACAACCAGACCAGGUUCGUGAAGACGACAGCCAACGCCACCGUGGACCAUCUGUCUAAAUAUCUCGCUCUGCGCAUCGCUCUGGAGGAAGGACAGACCAAUGGAGAGACGGAGGACAGAGGAAGAGAGGAGGGAGGAGGAGGAGCUGAGGGAAGAACAGGAAGUGGAGAAGGAUCCGGUCUGAACAGCAUCAGUGAGAAACAGUACACCAUCUAUAUCCUGACGAGAGGAGGACAGUUCUCUACGCUGAACGGCUCUCUGACUCUGGAGCUGGUGAAUGAGAAGUACUGGAAGGUCCGGAAGCCUCUGGAGCUUUACUACGCUCCCACCAAGGAGCAACCACCACCAGCACAGCAGAAGUCUCCUCCACCUCCUCCUCCUCCUCCUCCUCCUCCUCCGCCUCCUCUUCCUCCACAGAUGGAGGCGUGAGGCGGAGCGGUGAUGGUGGAAGGUCAGUCGCUUCACAGAUUAUCAUCAGUGUGUCUCCAUUUGAAAAUGUACCGACACUAAGACGGUUUUAUCUGAUAUUUCAAAUGUGUGACGUCUGACCUGAGACCAGGCGUGAAGAAGAAACAGAAGAUCGGCAGCAGAGAGGAGACAGAAAACACAAACCACAGAAGAAGAGCUGGUAAAUCUUUCCUGCCUUUGUGUGCAGAGAACUCUCCGACGGUUUGCUCAUUAAUAUCAAGUCAGGAGGAAGAAUCGCUGUGACGGACCGGAGAUGACGAGUGGGAUCGUUCUCUGGUGUUUCCUCCUGAUGUGAAGCGUCUGCAGCUCGUCAGCGUCUGUUUUCCUUCAGUUUUAUCUUCUGCUCACUCACAUAUUUAACAGCCGCACAUUUAGAGAGACAGCGCUGUGCAAAGGCUCAUAUUACUGCAGCUCAAAGCUUUCCUGCUCUGGAUAUUUCACAUUUUUAGUUUUAUUUAUUCCUCCUUAUAGAAAAACUGCAGGAGAGGAUCCAGGCCUCAGAGUUCUGGUUUGUGACUUAAAUCUCAAGAUUGGAGAAAAAGUCAGAACUCUUCUUUUUUUUUUUUCCCCUUUUUGUUGUUGUUGUUGUUGUUGUUGUCGUUGUUUUAAAGACGUCCUGAUUCUCUUCUGUACAAAACAUCCGUGACAGCUGAUAGCAAGAUGUCAAACUGAAAGCAAAAACUAUGGAAGCACAUUUCAGUCAGGAAAGGUGAGAAAAUGAAAUAAUCAAAUAAUCAAAUAGGAUCUAAAUAUGUAAAAAUAUCGACCAGAUCCACCAAGACCAGCAGUCCCUUUGUGUUCAGUUGAGCUUAAAUACAACAUGUUACACUGCUCAGUUUUACUGGGCUCUGCAGGAGACUGUUCUCAUGUUAUUCCUCCAGAAACUAAAGAAAAUGGCCGAAUAAUUUCCUGUUUACUCGAGAAAAAUGUUUUGGAUCCGUCUCAUAAUCUGUCUGGACCGGGACCCGUCCUCCACAAGGUCCGUAAAGACACCUCCAGUACUUUUUGUGUAAUUCUGCUGACGAACCAACAAACUGAUGGGAAUAAAAAGGUAAUUAUAAGAUUCAGUUUUUGUGUUUGAUCGGCGCAAAACAUUUGUAUCUCUAAGUCGUGUUAAAUUAAUCUCGUCAUCAUUCUGUCAGUUAUUCAGAUUCCUUCUUCAUUUAUUUUCUUCCUCUUGGCAGAAAGCAGCUUCUAUAAAAGUAAACCAGACUCCAGAACAGAUAUUAAAUGCUUAGCGUCGCAGAGUUUGUUACUGAUCUUGUACUUUUUAAUAUUUAACCACUUCAGAAGUCUUUUUACUGCCGCUAAAACCUUCUGUGGUCCAGAUGUUUCACAUUCAUGUUGCGUUAGUUUGAUUUUAUUUAUUCCUCCAGGACGGGACACAAAACAAGAGUGAUUUAAAAAAAAUAUGAAAAUUGGUGAAACUUAUAUCAGAACCAGAAGAAAAAUUAUGGAACAGUGAGUUAUAAUAUUCAGAUUAAUAAGUACUUCAAAUGUUCGACCGGCCCAAAACAUCUGGACCUCAUCGCUUAAACACAAUAAUCCAGAACGUGUCUAAUAAUGUGGUGUGUCUGUAACUUUUAUUCCUCUGGGCAGAAACAGGCUUCCAUAAACAUCUGGCUGGAGGUCGACAGGACCGAUGAAACUUUGCUAAGUUUGUUCAUGAUGUCGAGCUGUCGGCUUUUAUUUCAACAAGACAGAAACCAACAUUCAAAACAAGUCAAGUCAGUUUUUGGUUGUUAAAAAAAAAAAAAGGUUGUCUUGUGUUUCUGUCUUUGACCUAAAAGAAUCUAUUUAAGUCUUUGUAUAAUUUAAUUUCUGAGGACGUGACUGAAGCUGUUGGCUGCCGUCUUGGCGACAGUAAAAACAUCGACGGUGUCUUAAUUCAGCUUUUCUGCCUUAAACAGUCGCAGAUACAAACCAACAGUCAGUCUGAGGAGCCUUUCCCAGCAUGCACUGGGGUAGACCAGGGUGACUGUUUGCAUUAAGGGAGAUUAUUUGAGUUGGUUAGAAGACGUCAGGUUGAACGAGGACGUGUGGAGGUUCCUACAGUUCCUUUACUGUGUAGUUUAAGACACACAUACCUUUAACGCAUCUGCUGUGUUUUAAUUAGAUUCACUUAAUUUUCUCAUUCCUUUCUUUUAAAGAAGAAGCCGUCACUCCCUGUGUUUGGUGUCGUGUCUUUAAAAAGCCAUACCGUUUAGUUUCCUCACUGUUUCGACUCUUCGUCUUCGUGCACUUUAUAUUUCCUGCAGCCAUAAGUUUUCCUGCCGUACAUCAGUUUAUAUGGAAUAUUUGUAUAUUUAAGAACGAUGCAAUAUUUCCUGUUGUAUUAAUUACACUUUCUGUCAGCGAUGCAGCACAAUAAAUAAACUCCAGAUAAUCACA